AGGUCUUCCAUGUGUUAGCAUGUCGGUGAAGGAAUUGUGAGCUUCUGGGAGUCGUCCACGCGUCGUAAUAUCUACAAAAGAAAUGUGAGCAUCUAGAGGUCGUCCACUUAUAACACUGAAAAUGACAUCGGUAAAGUAUAUCGAUCCCCAUACACUCCCAUGUUGAACCAAAAAAACAAAAAAAAAUAAAAAUAAAAAAGAAAAAUCCCACUGGCGCUCUCAACUGAGAAAAGAAUUUGCUCGCGGUGAUUAUCUCCGAAAGUUCGUCCCUCAUGUUUUCUGAGUUUUCUCCUUUAGUGCACCCGGCGGAUUUAAAGAAAGUUCCAAGUACUCCUGCCGUCUCAAUUCAUGCCGCCACCUUCAUAAUUUUACACAUUUGAGUAAUUUCCAUUCAAAAACUAUAGUUUCGUUGCCUUACCUUUUCCCUGUGUUUUGCGGAUUCUGCGAGCUCUCUUGCAGGUUGGAAAGAAGCAAUUGAAAACCUGACACAAAGCAGAUGGAUCAAUAGAGAGAUGCAAAGAAAGACUUGUUUUCAAUGGAUUUACUCACACCUAUGGCAUUGAUUGUGAACAAACCUUUGCUGGUGCUGCAAAAAAGAAUUCCAUCCAGAUGCUCCUUUCAUCUGCUGCUAUUUUCGUAGGGAAACUUCAUGAAAUGGAUGUAAAGAAUGCCUUUCUCUGUGGGUAUCUAGAGUAGGAAGUGUAUAUGGAGUUUCCUCGAAGUUUUUCAUCCUCUACAAGUAAAGGAAAUGUGAGUAGGCUGAGAAAAUCUCUUUAUGAGUUGAAGCAGUCCUCUAGGGCUUGAUUUGGCAGAUUUCAGGAGAUGUUCAAAUUUGGACUGAGACAGUCUUGCAGAUCACACUAUAUUCAUCAAACAAGUGAGCAGUAAAGUCAAUGUUCUAAUUGCUUGUGUGGAUAACAUGGUAAUAUCAGGAUAUGAUGUUGAAGAGGCAUCUGAAAUCAAGUGUCACUGGGCUAAAGACUUUGAAGUCAAAGAGUUGGGCCCACUAUGUUACUUUCUAGGAAUAGAAGUUGCCGUUAUCUGAAAUAAGGAAUUUUAAUUUUCUAAUAGAAGUAUAUUCUUGAUAUUCUUGAAGAAACAGGAAGGUUGGGUUGUAAACCCGCAGAUUCUUCUAUUUUCUCAAUAGACUCAGUAAUGGUGGUGUUCCUUGUUAGCCUUGUUUAGCUGCCAUCCACUAGAUCUUGAGUUAUUUGGAGUUAGCUUUGGAAAAAGGAAUUCCAUUUUCAAAACAUGGACAUUUGAAGAUAGAGGCCUGCACUUGUGCAGAUUGGGUUGGCUUAAUGAAAGUUGUUCCAUGACUAACUGCUGGAAUUUUCUGGGUGAAAAUUUAGUAACCUGGUGAAGCAAGAAGCUGGGAGUAGUGGCUAGAUCCAGCAGAGGCAUUGGUCGGAGUGAUGGCUCAUGAAGUUUGCAAAUUUAUGAGGCUUCAAACCUUGUUGAUGGAUCUUGGAAUAGUGGACAAUCAACCUGUGCAAUUAUAUUGUGACAAUAAAACUGCUAUCAAUAUUGCAUACAUAGUUGUUAGAAUCUUACAACUUGAGAUUUGAUUCAUGAGAUUCGUAUCAAUUCCACACCAAAUCAAUUUGAAUCUCAUGAGCAAAUCUAAAAGCAAUUGAGUUGUUGCCAAAACUAUCAAUUCACCUUGUGAAUCUAACGAAUCAAUCUAAAUCUAUUGAUUCACAUGAUUCUGGACCUAUAUAUGCCGAGAGACCCAAUUGUGCAUACAAGAUGGCUGGUACAAAACGGAGGAAAUGCAGUGAUCCAGAUGUCAUCACUCUCCACAAGGAAUUGGAUGAGGUCUUGUGUCCAAUCUGCAUGGAGCAUCCACACAAUGCUGUUCUCCUCCUGUGCAGCUCUCAUAAGAAGGGUUGCCGAUCUUACAUCUGUGAUACAAGUUACAGGCAUUCAAAUUGCCUGGACCGGUACAAAAACUUAAGGGCUGAUGUUAGGAAUGGUUCUUCACUACCCCAUUCUUUACCAAAUAACCAACUUGAUUCUAGUAAUACUUCUGAUCCAAACCUGGGUCCAGGAACGGGAACUGAUUCAACUGAAGCUCAUCUGACUCACCAUCUAAAUGGAAGUGAUGCUGAGACGUCAGUUGGAUUGCUCAGUUUACCAAGUGAAAAUGAUAUCCCUCCUAUAGAUGGGCAUUUAGAAGUGCAAGGAGAAGAGAUUUUGGGAACAGAUGAUUCUGCAUCCAUAUGGGAAAGGGUUGAUCUUGAAGAACCCAAUGUGGAAAAUACAUCAGAAUUGAGAUUGAGCCUGAAAUGCCCCUUGUGCAGGGGAGCUGUACUGGGCCGGGAGGUUGUAGAAGAGGCCAGAAAAUACUUAAACCUGAAACCAAGAAACUGCUCUUGGGAAUCGUGCUCCUUUGUUGGUAAUUACCGGGAAUUGCGUUGGCAUGCCAGGAGGAUUCACCCGACAGCUCGACCUGCUGACAUUGACCCCUCGAGGGAGAGAGCUUGGCGAAACCUUGAGAAUCAGAGAGAAUAUGGGGACAUUGUGAGUGCUAUUCGCUCAGCAAUGCCAAGUGCCUUUGUGCUUGGUGAUUAUGUUGUUGAGAAUGGGGGUAUCCACCCAGGGGAGAUGGAGAUGAGGUCAAGUGAUUUUAAUAGUUCAUUGUGGGCUACCUUUUUUUUAUUUCAGAUGAUCGACUCCAUUGAACCGAUAACUGAGCCAAGGGAUCGAUCGAGGGCUUGGAUGAGGUAUCGGCGCUCAUCACGAGCUUCAUCACAGCGCCGAUUUGUGUGGGGUGAGAAUCUGUUGGGCCUUCAAGAUGAUGAAAAUGAUGAUGAAGACAUGAAUAUGCCAAGUGAUGAAGGUGGAGAUGAAUUGCCACUUCCAAGAAGGCGUCGGCGUUCGGCUUGGUCCAGGCCUGAUGCAGAGCAGUCAUGAGAGCUGACAGCUUAAUCAUGUAAUCCAGCAGUUUUGGGGCAUGGAUUGAAUUUAACUUCUACCAUUGUUAGCCAGAUUACUUUGGACUGACUGCUCCUCUCAGUGUUGGGGUUCAUUAGCAUGCAGCAAAUGGCUACCUAUUCAUGUUCAUGGAGAACCAGCAGCCUCGUGGUGGCGAGGAGGGUGUAUGAUUGGACGCGUAGUCUGUUUGCCACACGUAAAGUCCUUGAUGCCUGGAAGAGAGUAAGCAAGAAGGAAUCGGGAGAAAAUGCAGUAUGCUUAAAAUAGUGAUUGUUGUUGCAGCAUUCAGUCAUUCCCUUGCGUACAUUGGAUUCAAUAUUUUUCCACUUUAUUACACAACUAUCGAAUUUGUGUUGUGUGUUAAAUCAUGUUGCUCAUUUUCUCUGUCUGUUUAUUACUUCUUAUUUGUAUGCACUUUCAAGCAUAUUUCUCACAUUUGGAUGCAAUGGCUUGACCUACUUUCCUUGCUUCUCAUUGGCUUGUUGGGAAAAAAAAUGCAUUGUGGUUAAAUCAGAGUGGUUUUUUUGGACUA